AUGGAACUGCAGCGGUCUGAGCACGGCAAGCUCGGCGAUGUCGUCCUGCAGCGGUGCAUCGAGGAAGCGCAGUCGGCCGUAGGCAGCCUGAUAGCAGAGAUCGGCAUCCGCACCGGCGAUCCGUACCUGCUAAACAAAGGAAGCCUUGAUGUCGAUCCUCCCGAUGGCUCGUAUUAUGAUGGAUGUGAGCUCAGCCACGAGCUGAGCACCGGUAGCGAUCCGGCCUUUGACUGGGUUUCCGGUCGGAUAGCGCUGGCCAACAUCCAGGGCACGAUAAAUGAACUGGUUGUGUCGUUCUAG